AUGCAACUCUUCGUCCCCUUUCCCGCCCUUCUGAGCACUUUUGUCACUGCUUUACCAACCACUGAAUUGCAGACCAGGCAAAGCGGUGCCGGCGGCAUCGUCUUCAAAGACAAGAACUUCAAGGGCGAGUCUACUAGCAUUCCCGGUAACAGCUAUUGUACCGAUCUGUACAACAUUUUCGGCAACUUCGACGGCAAAGUCCGUAGCAUCCAGUCGACGCCGGGCUACCAAUGCCAGUGGUACAUUGACUAUGGCUGCCCAGCUAACGGUAUCCACCUUGACUUUGGUAGCAAGGAGGCGUAUAUGAUCAUUGGAGACCUGGGUCCGACUUUUGACUACAAAAUUCGUAGCGUGUUUUGCGGGCCCAAAGCAUAG